AUGGCUACUGUUGUUUUUUAUAAUGAAUUUAUGCAUAUUGGCUCAGCUUGGCUUGGCUCGGCUUGGAAUUGGAUGUUAAGCAAGUUAUAUCGAGUUAUAUCGAGUUAUAUCGAGUUAUAUCGAGUUAUAUCGAGUUAUAUCGAGUUAUAUCGAGUUAUAUCGAGUUAUAUCGAGUUAUAUCGAGUUAUAUCGAGUUAUAUCGAGUUAUAUCGAGUUAUAUCGAGUUAUAUCGAGUUAUAUCGAGUUAUAUCGAGUUAUAUCGAGUUAUAUCGAGUUAUAUCGAGUUAUAUCGAGUUAUAUCGAGUUAUAUCGAGUUAUAUCGAGUUAUAUCGAGUUAUAUCGAGUUAUAUCGAGUUAUAUCGAGUUAUAUCGAGUUAUAUCGAGUUAUAUCGAGUUAUAUCGAGUUAUAUCGAGUUAUAUCGAGUUAUAUCGAGUUAUAUCGAGUUAUAUCGAGUUAUAUCGAGUUAUAUCGAGUUAUAUCGAGUUAUAUCGAGUUAUAUCGAGUUAUAUCGAGUUAUAUCGAGUUAUAUCGAGUUAUAUCGAGUUAUAUCGAGUUAUAUCGAGUUAUAUCGAGUUAUAUCGAGUUAUAUCGAGUUAUAUCGAGUUAUAUCGAGUUAUAUCGAGUUAUAUCGAGUUAUAUCGAGCAUAAAUCCUAUAUUGAUACCGUUCUUUGCGGUUCUUUUCUUUGCCGACCGGUUGAAGCUUCCAGAGGAGUUCAUCAUGGAAGAUGUCAGGCUACGUUCGUUCAUUCAGUGGCAAAGAAUACCUGCCUGA